UUGUAGUUCCCCGGACUCCCGGGUUGGGCCGUAGCGGACGCUUGGGUGCUGCCGUCUGUUCUCCCGCCUUCAUUUCCCACCGUGCUGGGGCGGGUGGCAUGGCGGAGAAGGAUGACACCCGAGUUUGACGAAGAGGUGGUUUUUGAGAAUUCUCCACUUUACCAGUACUUACAGGAUCUGGGACACACGGAUUUUGAAAUAUGUUCCUCUCUGCCACCAAAAACAGAACAAUGCACAGUGACAGAGGGACAACAAAAGCCUACAGGAGCCCUGCCCAAACAAAACAUCCUGUUAAAAGCAAGUGAGACUAUCAGAAGCUGGAUUUUUUCUCAGUGCAAUAGGAAAGAUGACUUACUUCACAAGUUGGAUAUUGGAUUCCGACUUGACUCACUACAUACCAUCCUGCAACAGGAAGUCCUAUUACAAGAGGAUGUGGAGCUGAUUGAGCUGCUUGAUCCCAGUAUCCUGUCUACAGGGCAACCUCAACAACAGGAAAAUGGACACCUUCCAACACUGCGCUCCCUGGCAACCCCUAAUAUUUGGGAGGCCUCACUUCUAUUUGCCUUCAUUAGUUUGCUGGUUAUGCUUCCCAGUUGGUGGAUGAUGUCUUCCUGGCUAAUAUGGGGAAUGAUUCUGUCUGUUUAUCUGAUCAUAAGAGCUUUGCGAUUAUGGAGGACAGCCAAACUCCAGGUGACCCUGAAAAAAUACAACAUCCAUCUAGAGGAUACAGCGGCAAGUAGCCGGGCUUUUACUAGCCUUGUGAGGAGAGCUUUACGCCUCAUUCAAGAAACUGAAGUCAUUUCCAGGGGAUUUACACUUUUGCUUGACAGGGUCAGUGCCGCUUGCUCAUUUAAUAAAGCCGGACAGCAUCCCAGUCAGCAUCUCAGUGGUCUUCGGAAAGCUGUUUACAGAACUGUAAGAGCCAACUUUCAAGCAGCAAGACUAGCCACCCUAUAUAUGCUGAAAAACUACCCCCUCAACUCCGAGAGUGACAAUGUGACCAACUACAUCUGUGUGGUGCCUUUUAAGGAGCUGGGUCUUGGACUGAGUGAGGAGCAGAUUUCUGAAGAGGAAGCGCAUGACCUUACAGAUGGCUUCAGCCUACCUGCACUGAAGGUUUUGUUCCAACUCUGGGCAGCACAGAGUUCAGAGUUCUUCAGACGGUUAGCCCUACUGCUUUCCACAGCUAAUUCGCCUCCUGCACCCUUACUUACUCCCGAACUUUUGCCUCACCAUAUUUUAUCUGAUGUGACUCAAGGCCUACCUCAUGCUCAUUCUGCCUGCCUGGAAGAGCUUAAACGCAGCUAUGAGUUCUAUAGAUACUUUGAAACGCAGCACCAAUCAGUACCCCAGCGCCUAUGCAAAACUCAGCAGAAAUCAAGAGAGCUUAAUAACGUUCACACAGCAGUCCGCAGCUUGCAGCUCCAUCUGAAAGCAUUAUUAAAUGAGGUAAUAAUUCUUGAGGAUGAACUUGAAAAGCUGGUUUGCACUAAAGAAACACAAGAACUAGUGUCAGAGGGUUAUCAAAUCCUAGAGCAGAAAUUAAAGUUGAUUCAGCCCCAUGUUCAAGCAAGCAAUAGUUGCUGGGAAGAAGCCAUUUCUCAAGUGGAUAGACUGCUACGAAGGAACACAGAUAAGAAAGGGAAAACUGAACUUGCGUGUGAAAACCCACAUUGCACAGUAGUGCCUUUGCUGCAGCCAGCUCUGCACAUUGCAGACAGAGACCCCAUCCCUGAGGAGCAGGAGUUAGAAGCUUAUGCAGAUGAUAUAGAUGCAGACCAUGAUUUUAGGAAGGAUGACUGUUUUUACUUGUCUCAAGAAGACAGAGAAAGACAGAAGCGUGAGCAAGAAGAAUCCAGGAGGGUUCUUCAGGAAUUAAAGUCUGUGCUGGGAUUUAAAGCUUCAGAGGCAGAACGGCAGAAGUGGAAACAGCUUCUCUUUAGUGACCAUGAAAUUUCGGCUUUACUUUUUUAUCAGGGUCUUGUUAGGUGGUUGGCAACUGUGUUGAAAUCCUUGUAUCCUGUAGACGCAGUGGAACCCAUAACUAAAUCAGAAUCAUCAGUGGAUUCAGAUUUGGGGAAAGUUGGUAAAAAUAAUCCUGAAGAGGACCGUAGUAAACCCUCCACAACUGGAACUGAAGUAAACAGUAGGACUGAGUAUUUAUGUGAAAGCCCUCUAGCUGAUAAAAGUCACGACAACUGUUCAGAUAAAGUCUUUCUCCAAGAAACUGAAGGAAGAGUGUGGUACCAGUGUGAGAGUGAAGGUGACGAUGAAACUCAGCAGGCAGAUGUAGGUGACUUGGCCGUUACCCAGCCAACUCCCAGGGACUCGGUACAGGCCUCCAUUAAGCAGAGGCUGGCCCAGCUACAGCUGUCACCGGAUCUUACCUUCACUGCUGGCCUUGCUGCCGAAGUGGCUGCUCGAUCUCUCUCCUUUACUACCAUGCAGGAACAGACUUUCGGUGAUGAGGAGGAAGAACAAGAAAUAGAAGAAAAUAAAAAUGAGGUAGAAGGAAAGUAAGAAAGAUUCACAUGAAGGAUAUUUAAUCUGAAAUUCCUUUUAUGAAUGUGUUUUAGCUUCAAGACUAGAUACUCCACUGAAAAGGGAAAAUGAGUGUCAGUUUACUAUAUAUUAAAUCUAAGGUGUGAAUUUGCAUCCGUUCAAAAAAACUGAUCUGAAAAUAGUAGUUACCUGGAAAUGGGAGAUCUUUUAGAUAAAUAACAGAAAGGUAAGGGCUCUUUUGAAUAAACUGCUGUUUUAUUUGCAGCACGUCUGAUCGAUCUUGGAAAUUCUUUAAGUACCUUUAAUAAGAAAUGAAUCUCAUUUCUUGCAGAAUUUGCUACCAUGAAAUGACUGGGAUAAUUCUGUUGAAAGAACAUUAAUAUUUAAUAUGACUCCUUUUUACUGUAUUCUCGCAGUUAAUAACUGCAGCUAUUAUGUAAUAACAGGUUGUUUGUAUUUUAUUUUUGUUUAUACCAGUCUUAAAACAAAGAUACAGGUUCUAAAUAAAAAAAUUGAAUUCAUACAA